AUGAUACGCUUUGGCGAUGUUACCUACCAAACAAAAGGCCUGCUAGGUGAUCGAAAUCGCUCAGAAAGGGCGACAGAAGGAACCUUUCUUAGCGCAUUUUUCAAGCGCUUAGCUUCUGCUAGUGGCGGGGCGGCAAGGCCAUGUUGUACAGUUGGAAGCCUAAGCCAAGAAGUGUUCGCACCGAAAGUACGGUGGAGGUUGGUUGAAGAUGAUGUUAUGCGGCGUUCAGAGUUUUUCUCUAUUCCUCUCGUAUAUCAUAAACAGAUCUUCCCCUCCACACCAAUCACGAGUUUUUCUCUAUUCCUCUCGUAUAUCGUCGUAAUACCCUUAAUGCUAGGUUUUGAAAAAGACUUUUUAUGUCAUUCCCGUUUAGGUCCGAUUCGGAUCCCUCCAUUGUUUUCUUUUCCUUUCGCACCUUUUCCUCGAAAUGAGAAAGAAAAUGGUACACUUGAAUUGUAUUAUUUAAGUGCUUAUUGCUUGCCAAAAAUCCUACUUCUACAAUUGGUAGGUCACCGGGUUAUUCAAAUAAGUCGUGUUUUCCGUGGUUUUCCCAUGUUACAACUUUCGUACCAAUUCGGUCGAUCCGGAAUGGAUCGGUUAAACAUUUCAUUAGGUAGCCUGGUCUUGACUCUUCUGUGUGGUAUUCAUUCUUGUUCGGCUCUUGGAAUCACAUCCAGCAGUGGUUGGAACAGCUCGCAAAAUCCAACCACUUCACCUACUUCAUUGCCCCCAACCGUUUCUCGUACUUCUAUUGAAACAGAAUGGUUUCAUGUUCUUUCAUCGAUUGGUUAUUCCUCUUCGUUCACAUCUCUUUUUCCAAUUUUAGUCUUGAUUAGUUCACAAGAUUGA